AUGGGGUACUACCUGGCUGACGGCAUCUAUCCGCAAUGGCCCGUGUUUCUGAAGACGAUCAGAUGCCCACUCGGAGAUAGAAGAAGGUAUUUUGCCCGAGCGCAAGAGUCUGCGCGCAAGGAUGUGGAGAGGGCAUUUGGGGUGCUCCAAUCGCGAUUUGCACUGGUAAAGGGUCCGACGCGCUUUUUCUACCAGGGGGAUAUUGCCGAUAUCAUGUAUGCGUGCAUCAUCAUGCAUAACAUGAUCAUCGAAGAUGAACACGAAGGCGUCCUCGACGUCACCAACGACCCAAGUGUUGCAUCAUCGAGUCACGGUGUCUCAACCGAGUCCGCCCGCCAGGGUGUACCGCACAACGAACAUGAACGGUUCCAGGCGUUCAUGGACAUACACCAGAAGGAGGCCCAUCAAGCACUACAACACGAUAUCAUCGAAGAAUUAUCUUCUCUAACUUCCAUUCCAUGGAAGUGGGGUCUGUUUGGACAGGUUAUACCAGCUCUUGAUUGA